AUGAACCCCCACAACGGCCUGCCCAUGGGCGGCAUGGACGGCUUCGACGAGGACGAAAUCGAGUACCCCGAUCUCGACGUUGACGAGGAGGCCGACGUCUCCACCGCCAAGGACGGCGGCGUGACCAAGAAGGUCCUCGCCAAGGGCACCGGCGACGAGCGGCCCGAAAAAGGCGAUGAGGUCGUCGUCCACUACACCGGCACCCUCCUCGACGGCACCAAGUUCGACAGCAGCGUCGAUCGCGGCGAUCCCUUCAAGUUCCGCCUCGGCCUCGGCCAGGUCAUCAAGGGCUGGGACCAGGGCGUCGCGUCCAUGAAGAAGGGCGAGAAAGCCAUCCUCACCUGCAAACCCGACUACGCCUACGGCGAGCGCGGCUCCCCGCCCACCAUCCCCGCCAACUCCACCCUCAAGUUCGAGGUUGAGCUCUUCUCCUGGAAAUCCGACAAGGAUCUCUACGGCGACGGCGGGUGCGUCCGCGCCAAGGUGCUCAAGAAGUCCGGCGCCUUCGGAUUCCCGAUGGACAAGCACGAGGUGACCGUCAAGUACAGCGCGUGCGCGCCCGACACCGACGUCGCGGGCGCGGGCGACGAGAUCGUCCCCGCCACCGAGGUCACCUUCGCCGUCGGCGCCGACCAGGCCCCGUUCAAGGGCCUCGAGAAGGCGGUGACGAAGAUGAAGGAGGGCGAGACGUGCCUGUUUCGGAUGAAGAACGUCCCCGGCGGGUACCAGUACUGCGAGGGUCUCAACGCGCAGGCUGCGGACGUCACCGUGACCCUGGAGGUGCACCAGCCCGUCGAUUCCAUCUGCAACGACGAGGGCACCAAGAAGACCACCGUCGACGGCGAGGGCUACGACCACCCCAACGACGGGAGCAAGUGCGUCGUGUCGUACACCGUCACCCCCGCGGACGGUGGCGCCGCCAUCGAGACCAAGGAGGAUUUCGAGUUCGAACUCGGCCUCGAGAUCCUCUCCGAGGGGCUCGAGGAGGUCGUCUUGAAGAUGAAGAAGAGCGAGACGGCCGAGUGCGUCAUCCCCAGCGACUGGAACACCUACGGGCAGAAGGUCAAGGCUGUGGUCACCCUCAAGGACUUCGAAAAGGAAAAGGAGAGCUGGAGCAUGGACACCGCGGAGAAGAUCUCCGCCGCCGAGAAGGUCAAGAACGUGGGUAACGACGCGUACAAGGGCGGCAAGCUCGGCCUCGCCGCCAAGAAGUACCUGAAGGCGCUCCAGUACAUCGAGUACGACCAGAACUUUGCCGACGAGGAAAAGGCGCAGACGAAGAAAAUCAAACUCUCCCUCUACCUCAACGGCGCCGCCGUGGCCAUCAAGCAGAAGGACUGGUCCAAGGCCGUCAACGACUCCACCAAGGCGCUCAACAGCGAGCGGGGUAACGAGAAGGCUCUCUACCGCCGCGCGCAGGCGUCGUGCGAGCUCGAGGAAUACGACGAGGCUGAGCGCGACGUCAAGGAGCUCCUCGAGAAGGACGAGAACCACAAAGAGGCCAAGGCUCUGCUCGCGAAGGUGAAGAGGUGCAAGGUUGUCCAGGCGAAGAAGGACGCCAAGGUGUUCGGCGGGAUGUUCUCCAAGCUCGGCGGUUUGUACAAGGACGAGCCAAAGGUUGACGUCAAGGCUGAAGGCGGCGAGCUGAAGGAGCCCAUCGACAUCGGCGGCGGGUUCUCUAUGGAGGAAGUCAAGGACGACGGUGAGCCCAACGCGGCUCUCGACAACGUGUGAUGA